AUGGUGAAGAAGGAGGAGUUCCUCAGGGAAACUGGCCACAACGAAAACGGUUCUGUCUCGCGCAGUGACUUCCCUCCCAACUUCGUCUUCGGAGUUGCCACUUCUGCAUAUCAGAGCGCUAAGAUAGUGGAAUGUCAUGAUAUGUAUAAAGCUAAACUAGAAGGCGCUUGCAAGCAGGGUGGCAGAGGUCCUAGCAUAUGGGAUGCCUUUUCACACAUUGAAGGAAAAAUUAUUGACAAAAGCAAUGGUGAUGUUGCAGUUGAUCAUUAUCAUCGAUACAUGACAAAUAGGUUUAGAUGGAAAGUCAUUGACUCUAUUUUUGCAGGAGAGUAUGGAGGGAUAGCUGAAAUAUUAUUUAGGGAAUCUUAUAAUUAUUUCUAUGAAGAAGAUAUUGAUCUUAUAGCCAAGUUGGGAUUUAAUGCUUAUAGAUUUUCAAUUUCGUGGUCUCGUAUUUUCCCUGAUGGCUUAGGAACCAAAAUAAAUGCUGAAGGGAUAAAUUUUUAUAACAACAUUAUAAAUGCUCUUCUUGAAAGAGGUAUACAACCUUAUGUAACUUUGUAUCAUUGGGAUCUUCCGCUGCAUCUUGACGAGUCAGUGGGAGGAUGGUUAAAUAAACAAAUCAUAGAGUACUUUGCUGUUUAUGCAGACACUUGCUUUGCAAGUUUUGGCGAUAGAGUGAAGAACUGGAUUACUCUUAAUGAGCCACUUCAAACUGCGAUCAAUGGGUAUGAUGUUGGAAUUUUUGCUCCUGGAAGACGAGAGAAUGCUCGUAUAGAGCCAUAUUUGGCAGCACAUCAUCAGAUUUUAGCCCAUGCAGCGGCUGUUUCCAUCUACCAAAGCAAGUACAAGGAUAAACAAGGGGGACAAGUAGGCUUCGUGGUAGAUUGUGAAUGGGCAGAGGCUAAUUCUGAUACGAUUGAAGAUAAAGCUGCUGCUGCAAGGCGACUGGAUUUUCAGAUUGGCUGGUUCUUGCAUCCACUCUAUUUCGGAGACUAUCCUGAAGUUAUGCGUGAGCGACUUGGAGACCAGCUUCCCAAGUUCUCCGAGGAGGAUAAGAAAAUUCUCUCAAAUAAAUUGGACUUCAUUGGUCUAAAUCACUAUACGUCAAGGUUUAUUUCUCAUGUGACAGAAUGUGCUGAAGAAAACUACUAUUACAAGGUGCAGGAGAUGAAGAGGAUUGAGGAAUGGGAAGGUGGCCAGGCCAUAGGUGAGAAGGCAGCAUCAGAGUGGCUUUACGUUGUUCCCUGGGGUCUUCGGAAGAUUCUCAAUUACGUAUCACAAAAAUAUGCUGCUACUCCGAUAUUUGUCACAGAGAAUGGUAUGGAUGACGAAGACAAUGAUAACUUGCCGCUACAUGAGAUGCUAGAUGACAAACUUAGAGUUCGUUAUUUCAAGGGAUAUCUUGCAUCAGUUGCUCAGGCUAUAAAGGAUGGAGUAGAUGUGAGGGGCUACUUUGCUUGGUCAUUACUGGACAACUUUGAAUGGGCUCAAGGUUAUACCAAACGCUUUGGAUUGGUCUAUGUAGACUAUAAGAAUGGGCUCAGUAGGCACCCCAAGUCAUCUGCGUACUGGUUUUCACGGUUUCUGAAAGCCGGUGAAAACAAGAAGGGUAAAGAAGAGUAG